AUGACAGCAAACACAGAUGUAACAGAAAAGAAGAAAAAACGACCAUGGAGAAAUAAGGUGAGAAAAAUGGCGGCGAAAAAAGCGAAAUUGGAACUAGCUCCAAUAAAUCCGCCGAUUCCGAAGUUAGCAGAAAUCGAGAAGAAGAAAAGAGGGCCGAAAAAGAAGAAAUAUCGAGCGGAAAAUGAAAAUAUUCAAAAAAAUGGGGAAAAUCUGGAAGAAGAGGAGGAAUUGGAUGCGAUUGGAGAGGCGAAGAAGAAAUUGGAUUCGGGAAGAUUUAGGUGGGAUUUUUGAACUAGAAGCUUCUGAAAAUUGGAAAAAUUUGAAUUCAAAUACAUAGUUUUUGAUGAUUUUUUAAUGAACUCCGAGAGAAGUACACAAAAAAAGCGAUUUUCUGAGCGAAACCUGGAAUUUUUGAAAUUUUGAGCUUAAAAUUAAUGAAAAUCCAAGAUUUUCAAGUUUUUUAAGCUCAAUUUUCAAAAAAGUUUGAAUUUGGUAGAUAUUUUUUAAUCUAAAUUCAACUUUCGAUAUCUUCUGAAUUUUGAGAAUUGUUCAAUUUAAAAAAGAAUUGAAAAAAAUAUUUGAUAAUAAAUUAUAUCAAAAUUAUGAAACGUAUUUUUUCAUGAUUUGUGAAAAAUAAGAAAUUUGAGUCUGAAUUUGUCUGAAAAUCAGAAAAUUGACGGUUUCUAAAGGGGAAAUCCAUGAAAAAGCUGAAUUUUCAGAUUUUCUGAGGGAAAACCGACAUUUUUAUGUUUCUGGACCCAAAGAACCUCAAUUUUUGAUUUUGUGCCGAAAGCGAGCUUAAAAUUAAUGAAAAUUGUAGAUUUUCAUGUUUUUCAAGCUGAAAAUGAAAAAAAAAGAAGAAAAUCACUGUUUUCAGCUUCUGUUUCAUCAUUUUCUGGUCAUCAAACAUUUUAUGAGUAAAAAAUUCAAUUUUUCACCUGGAACAAGGAUAAAAAAUGAUGAAUCAGAAGCUGAAAACAGUGAUUUUCUUCUUUUUUUCAAGAUUUUCAGCUCAAAAAUCUUGAAAAUCCAAAAUUUUCAUCAAUUUUAAGCUCAAAAUUGCUCGCUUUCGGCACAAAAUUCAAAAAAAAUUAAAUUUUUAACACAAAUUUCUUAUUUUUCAAAAAUCAGAAAAAAAUACGUUUCAUAAUUUUGAUAUAAUUUAUUAUAUCAAAACUUGAAAGUUCCAUUUUUAUUCCAUUUGAAAUUGAAAAAUUCUCAAAAUUCAGAAGCUAAUUCAAAAAUAAGCUCAAAACAUUUUUGAAAAUUUAAAAAUGAAGUUCAAAAAAUAAGUACAUGAUUCCAGAAAAAAUUUAAAAAUUUUUAGAAAAAAUUUCCAAGAUUUUUUACGUUUCACAAGAUUUCCAAUUUUUGGAUUCAGAAUUUCUUGUUUUUCAAGGUUUUUCAACCAAAAAUGAUGACAAAUCGAUAUUUUUCAAGCUUCUGGGGUGAUUUUUGAUGAAAAUAAGCUUUUUUUUUUGAAUUUUUUCGAAAUUCAUCAAAAUUUGAAAACGAAAAAUCAGAAAAACCUUCUGGAAAGUGAUCAGAAAUUACCCCAAAAGUUUGAAAAAUAUCGAAUUUUCAUCAUUUUUGACUGAAAAACUUUGAAAAACUAUAAUUUUUUCCUAUUUUUCCCAGAUUUCUCAACGAAAAACUGUACACUUGCACCGGCAGCGAAGCCUACGAUUUCUUCAAACAAGAUCCCACCUCAUUUCAAUGUUAUCAUAAAGGAUUCGCAGAUCAGGUCAAAAAAUGGCCAAAUCAUCCGCUUCGCGAGAUAAUUCAGUGGCUUCAGAAGAAAUCUGAGAAAUUAUCGGUUUUUGAUUUGGGAUGUGGUGAGGCGAAGAUUGCGGAAGCUGUUGGAGACAAACACAAUGUUCGAUCUUUUGAUCUUGUCGCGGUGAAUGAUCGUGUUGAAUCGUGUGAUAUGUCGAAAUUGCCGGCCGAAGAUGGAAGUGCGGAUAUUGUCAUUUUUUGCUUGUCACUUAUGGGAACUAAUUUGUAUGAUUUUGUGAGGGAAGCGAGACGAGUUUUGAAAAUUGGGUGAGUUUUUUUGAACUAGCAUGAGCAAUCCUUUUAGUAUGAGCAAUUUCUCCCUGAAAAUUGUUAAAUAUGAGCAAUUUCUCCCUGAAAAUUGUUAAAUAUGAGCAAUUUCUCCCUGAAAAUUGUUAAAUAUGAGCAAUUUCUCUUUAAAAUUACUAAUAUGAGCAAUUUCACCCAGAAAAUCACUAAUAUGAGGAAUUUCUCCCUGAAAAUUGUCUAAUAUGAGCAAUUUCUCUUUAAAAUUACUAAUAUGAGCAAUUGCACCCUGAAAAUUGUCAAAUAUGAGCAAUGCAUAAUAUGCAUAUAGAUUCUAGUCUAAUCUUAAUCUGAGCAAUCUAUCCCUGAUAAAAAUUCAAAUUUUGAAGGAAUUUGGAGAAUCCAGCCUAUUUUUCAAGUGGCUGAGCCUAAAUUUUGAAAAAUAUGGAAAUUUUAGCCUGAAAUUGCAGAGGUUCUGAAGUUUUCAUGAAAAUUUCAAGAAAAUCGUGUGAAUCCAAACAAAAAUCUGGAAAUUUUGAGCCAGAAUCCCAAAAACCUUCAAAAGCUCUAAGCAGCCGCGCCUUGAGAACCUAAUUUUCAAGUAGCCGAGCCUAGUAAACCUAAUUGUCUAGAAGCCAAGCCUUUAGAGCCACUAUGACAAGGAGCCGCGCCUUGAAAACCUAGUUUUCAAGGAGCCGAGCCUUGAGAGCCACUAUGACAAGCAGGCGCGCCUUGAGAGCCUGAUUGUCUAGGAGCCGAGUCUUAGAGCCACUAUGACAAGUAGCCGCGCCUUGAGAACCUCGUUUUCAAGUAGCUGAGCCUAGAGAACCUGAGUUUCUUUGGAGCAGUUUCUUGUGAGCCAAUUUUGAACUCUAAAAAUUCCAAUUAAAUUUUUUCAAUCCCAAAAAUGUUGCCCAAAGUGUGACGUCAUAACUAGAAAAUUCAAUUUUUCCAGCGGAAUUCUGAAAAUCGCCGAAGUCUCGAGCCGUUUCGUCUCUGUCAAAAUGUUCUGUGAAGCGAUUUCAAAAAUGGGAUUCGAAAUGUCGAAUCGACGAGAUCUCACCGAUUAUUUCAUCAUGUUCGAGUUCCGAAAAAUUGCGAAAAUCGAAAAAAGCAAACCGUUUGGAUUGAAAUUGAAACCGUGUUUAUACAAAAAACGAUAA